UUCCCGUGGUCAUUUCAUAUUUAGAAAUUACUAUUUUUAAAUUAUAUAUACCUAUAUAUCCCACGGUCAUUUUAUAUUUGAAUUUUUUGUUUUUGUCUAGACAUUUUUGAGCGCGCAGCAAUUGAUCUAUGCAGGGUUUAUCCUUUCUUUCUGCAAAAGUGUUUGCAUUGAUAUAUUCUAUCAAAAUUUGUACUCUUCUAAUAAGUGGGCUCUGCUAUUUGAGGGAUUUUCAGAGGCUUCUGCAAUUAUCUCGGGGGCGUUCUUGAAGAAGCAAGUGGGCUCUGCUAUCUUUAGCGCCGUUUUCAGAGGAUUUUACAAUUAUCUGGGGUGUGUUGUUGAAGAGGAAAUAUUACUACUGUUUUAUCUGGCAUCUCGGUCUCCCUGUGCAGGUUGAUAAAACAAAUGAGUUUGGCUCAGCAACUACUACAACCUUACCUGAGGAUGUAGGGAACAAAUCCGUUUCCUCUAUAUUAAAAAUACACAAUUAUAUGGAAGAUUUCAAUGCAUCAAAAUUUCCUUGUGAAAGUACAUUUUUCUCUUUGGAAAUUCAAUCUCAAAGAAAAGAACCGAUUGAGGAAGAUGCUAUCCCUUCAACAGUGGAUACCUAUAUUGAAGAGUUCACUGGAGAAAAUCCGAAGACAGAAACUGCAGCAAUUGAUAACAUUAAUACGACUAAGACAUCUGAAGCAGAAAACGUUCUAUUGUAUAUUGCAUCAUUGGGUACUGAUGAUCGGAAAGAACUUUACCAUCAGGGUAAUCAGCAAAUUGCACCUGGUCCAGACACUCCUAUAGCCCUUCAUGAGGAUGCGUUGGAGGAGCUUUGCCAACAGGCUAAAUUUGUUACAAAAACUGCCUAUUCUAUAGAUGAACCUGCCAGUCCACAUGCUUAUGUUGAAGUAGUAUCUUCAAUGACUCCUAUCAAAGAUGGAUGUCAAGAUGUUGAAAUGUUGGAUCAAGAGUUGCACUAUUAUUGUAGCAAAAGCCCCAAAAACAAAGCAGACAAUGAACACAAUUUUCAUCUUGCAGAGGACUAUCAGAAUAGUGACAAGGAAGUUGAGAGUGUGUCACAGGUAAAUUGUCCCCAUGAUUCUCAUAAGCAAAUGGACAAGAAAAGCCUGUUGCUAGAUUUACAAGAUGAAAAGAGUAGAAGAAUUUCAAGGUACAAGGAUGACUAUAAGAAGUGUCCAUUUACUAAAUGUUUACAAGGCAUGAACAAUUUAGCAAGAGCUGCUACCUUACGAGCAGACAUCCUAGCCAGAAGAAGGGGAUUACCUAUUGGGGGAAAUAGUUCUGCUUAUUCACAGUCUACUUCUGCAUUUCAUAAUCUUCCUUACCAGAGCCAAAAUGUACAAGGGAACAUAUCCAUUUCUUCUAUAUUAAAAAUACACAAUAAUAGGGAAGAUUUGACUGCAUCAAAAUUUCCUUGUGGAAGUGCAACUUUCUCUUUGGAAAUUCAAUCUCAAAGAAAAGAACCGAUUGAGGAAGAUGCUAUCUCUUCAACAUUGGAUACCUAUGCUGAAGAGUUCACUGGAGAAACUGCAGCAAUUGAUAACAGUAAUACAACUAAGACAUCUGAAGAAGAAAACGUUCUAUUGUAUAUUGCAUCAUUAGGUACUGAUUAUCGGAAAGAACUUUGCCAUCAUGGUAAUCAGCAAAUUGAACCUGGUCGAGACACUCGUAUAGCCCUUUAUGAGGAUGCAUUGGAGGAGCUUUGCCAGCAGGCUAAAUUUGUUACAAAAACUGCCUAUUCUAUAGAUGAACCUGCCAGUCCACAUGAUUUUGUUGAAGCAGUAUGUGCAAUGACUCCUAUCAAAGAUGAAUGUCAGGAUGUUGAAAUGUUGGAUCAAGAUUUGCACUAUUAUUGUAGCGAAAGCCCCAAAAACAAAGCAGACAAUGAACAUAAUUUUCGUCUUGCAGAGGAGGAGCUUUGCCAACAGGCUAAAUUUGUUACAAAAACUGCCUAUUCUAUAGAUGAACCUACUAGUCCACAUGCUUUUGUUGAAGCAGUAUCUGAAAUGACUCCUAUCAAAGAUGGAUGUCAGGAUGUUGAAAUGCUGGAUCAAGAGUUGCACUAUUAUUGUAGCAAAAGCCCCAAAAACAAAGUAGGCAAUGAACACAAUUUUCAUCUUGCAGAGGACUAUCAGAAUAGUGACAAGAAAGUUGAGAGUGUGUCACAGAUGAAUUGUCUCCAUGAUUCUCAUGAGCAAGUGCACAAGAAAAGCCUGUUGCUAGAUUUACAAGCUGAAGAGAGUAGAAGAAUUUCAAGGUUGGAUGACUAUAAGAAGAUUCCAUUUGGUAAAUGUUUACGAGGCAUGAACAAUUUAGCAAGAGCUGCUACCUUACGAGCAGACAUCCUAGCCAGAAGAAGGGGAUUAACUGUUGUGGGAAAUAGUUCUGCUUAUUCACAAUCUACUUCUACAUUUCAUAAUCUUCCUUACCAGAGCCAAAAUGUACAAGAGAACAAAUCCAUUUCUUCUAUAUUAAAAAUACACAAUAAUAGGGAAGAUUUCACUGCAUCAAAAUUUCCUUAUGGAAGUACAUAUUUCUCUUUGGAAAUUCAAUCUCAAAGAAAAGAACCGAUUGAGGAAGAUGCUAUCCCAUCAACAGUGGAUACCUAUACCAAAGAGUUCACUGGAGAAAAUCCAAAGACAGACACUGCAGCAAUUGAGAACAAUAAUACAGCUAAGACCUUUGAAGCAGAAAACAUUCUAUUGCAUAUUGCAUCAUUGAGUACAGAUGCUCGGAAAGAGCUUUACCAUCAUGCUAAUCAGCAAACUAAACCUGGUCGAGACACUCGUAUAGCCCUUUAUGAGGAUGUGUUGGGGGAGCUUUGCCAACAGGCUAAAUUUGUUACUAGAAAGGGUGAUGGAUAUUCACUGUUGUUUCACAUCCAGUUCCUCUCUUUGUAAAGAUGUGAAUGAUAGGCUGGAUAAUGAUACCAAAAUAUAUAGUCAUGGCGAGCAAACAACAAUUAAUGUGCAAAGAGUAGAUCAUUGGGGUCAGGUGACAUUUUUCCUUUUUCGGAUUAUCCGGAAGAGCUUUGUCAACAGGAUAAAUUUGUUACUAGAAUUGGUGAUGAAUAUUCACUGGGUAGCACAUCCAUUUCCUCUCUUUGUAAAGAUGCGAAUGAUAGGCUGGACCAUGAUAAUGGAAUAUACGCUAAUGAUGAGCAGACAACAGUUGAUAUGCAAAGAUUGGAUCGUUUGGGUCAGG